UGCAGCCCUAAGUUUGCUAACAAAGUAGUGAUGUGAAACUUGAUAAUAAGAUAAUAAUGUGAUGUCUAUUCUUAAGAAUGCGCUGCAUUAAUAUGUGCAUUAAAGAAUUUCAGUGUUGCUAACCAUUCGCAAAAGCUUUACCAAGCGCUACAAAACAAUGAGUUGUCACUACGCGGAGUCGGAAUCAUCACAAUCCGAGAGCAAAAUGGACAUCUCGGAGACGCCUACGGACUCCACGGGAGUUUCGCCGCUUGCCGAUGAGCGUGCCAAUGCCACAAUGCCAAACAAAUCGAAUAUUGAAGUUGAGCGGGAGAAUAACGAAAACAAAAACACGUCAAUGCUAGACAACAGAAUAAUACGACCAGAGUUGCUGCUGCCAGUCGAAACGAUGCCACAACGACAAAUAACGGAACGCACCCUAACACUGGCCAAUAGCCACCCGCUCAUGUCGCCCACUAACACCGACUCUGAUUCAGAGCCCUUUCAGGGCAAGUGCAAGAAUUUUCCCGAUGUAGUACCGCGCACAGAGCAGACCGCAACGGAAGCUGUACGAAAUACGUUGAAUCAACAAAACAAUAUGCGGGUUAAGCCUCAAGACGCGAAAGUGAGUCUGCUGCGGGCAAAUAGCCCAGACCUGCUGAGUAGUGAGUCAGAUGUAGACGUGUCGCAGUAUUUGGCUGCUGUUGAGUCAAAUUUUCAAUCGGUUUCGUUGCUGCCCAAUGCGAAUAACAAAGCGUCGCGAAGAGCAAAACGCUCGACCUUAGCUGGUGGUGAGGACAUUUCCAGCUUGGAUUCCAUAUCAAAUCAUAGUUUCGACGAUGACGAAGACAUCGAGCACAAUUUGGCCUCUCUGAGCCCAUCCAGCUCGCUGAUUGAUGGCCUGGAUGGUGAGGAUGAUGAUGAUGACGACUGCGAGGGCCCCGAGCUGUUGCCCGACAACGAUGACGACCUUGAUGAUUUUGGUAUGGCAACCACGCCCACACCACACGCAGGAGUGGCAGCAUCAGAUACAGGUGCAACCGCUUCAGAGUUACCGCAAUAUACGGCUGACGAAGAGCGACGCGACUCACGAAAUUGGCAAAAGAUCACGCUGCCAGAUGGUCGGACUCGCGAGAUUGACAUGCGCGUCAUUGAACCUUACAAGCGUGUGCUGUCUCAUGGUGGUUACUUGAAAGCUGGUGGGCAGAAUGCAAUUGUUAUAUUCUGCGCCUGCCAUUUGCCUGACAGAUCCCGUGCGGACUACAGCUACGUCAUGGACAAUCUUUUUUUGUAUGUAGUGAAAACGCUGGAACAGCUAGUCACGGAUGACUAUGUGCUCAUCUAUCUGCACGGCGGAUCCAGUAGACGUAAUGUGCCGCCAUUUCCAUGGCUCAAGCGUUGCUAUCAACUGCUCGAUCGUCGCCUGCGCAAGAGUCUGAAGCACAUGUAUUUGGUGCAUCCCACUUUUUGGAUCAAGUCUUUGGUAUGGAUGGCGCGGCCAUUUGUCAGCACAAAAUUUUGGCGUAAGCUCAUUUAUGUUAAGUCUUUGGAGGAACUGGGCCUGCACGUUGCUGUGGAAAAGGCAGCCAUACCGGAGAAAGUUAAGCAAUACGAUGCCAAGCGACAUUGAGCUGCACACUCGUACCACUCAAAUUUUUGAAUAACUGCUAGCUCAGGCUUGAUUCACUCGCAACGCAACAUUUACACACGCUCGAAUUUGUGUUUUCGCAUUCCCUGAUAGAUCUAUUUAAUGUAAUAAUUGCUCUCAGUCUUGUAUUUAUUUAAACUCUUGCUAUGCUUUAAUUUAAGAUCUCAAUCUAUGUGAUACUUUUGAUUUUGCUUUCUCAACCCAUGUACUCUAACUCGCUAUGUGCUAUGUAAUUUAAUUCGCGGCGUUCAACAAACAUCGAACAAGUUUUUGAUUGCUUUUACCAGCAGCAGUAAAACUCACAUAAGUAGGAACUAGGACUAACCACCACAUAUAUACAAACACACAUACUUGCGCAGCCACUAAUGCAUAGUUAUAGUUAAUCAUGUAGCUUCCGCUUUAGUUCCAUAUAUUCAUACAUAUACGCAUAACCAUCCGUACAAUCUACAACACAUAUACAAGCCUGGUUUUUUUAAAUAAUGUUAACAAGGAAAUAAGCAACUAAAAACCACCAGACUUCCGUACAUGUUACCUUCUUUAUCGUAGCAAAAUACUAUUAUAAAUUAUUACGAAUGUAAAACCCAAACUCAACGGAAUUUAAUAUUAAGCGAGUUUCUAAUUGAAAAUGUUUAGCUGAAUUUUUUGUGUGAAGCUUUUGCAUCGAUUGCAUCGUAUGCCCAAAUCGUUAUCAACCAAAAGCACCAAAAACACCGACACCGACCCCGACCCUGAAAGCA